AUAAUUCAUAACUGUUCUUCCCUGAGAUGGGACCUCAACUCAUUUACCUCAUUCUUCUUUCACUCUUUGUUGUACUUGGAUCAAGUGUUCAACAUGAAUGCCAUGAAGAAAAGUGCAGGCACCAUGGCCCUGUCGUCCGGUUCCCCUUCAGGCUUAAAGACCGCCAUCAACAGCACUGUGGCUACCCUGGCUUUGAACUUCUCUGCACUCAAAACAAAGACACGGUCUUGGAAUUACCUUCUCCGGUGAAGGCAUCGAUCAAGGAUUCUAACCUGCCAUUUUCGGUUCAGUUUUCCAUAAAAGAAAUUGAUUACAAAAAUCAAUUAAUCAAUAUAUCUAAAGUCUUCGGCUGCCUUCCAGAAUUGAUUCGGUUUCUAAAUUUAUCCGCAUCUCCAUUCCAAUUCUCAGAUGCUUAUAGCGAUAACUUCACUUUCUUCAACUGUUCCAAAAUCAAGCGAGAUAAUCUUUAUUAUCUACACCCCGUAACCUGCCUCAGCAGUAAGGAUUAUGAUGUUUAUGCAGUUUAUUCCGAAUUUCCACUAUACGAAUUCGACUUACAAUCCUGCAGCAAGAUGUUUGACAUUCAUCAAUCCAUAGCUUGGAUUGUAUCUGACAGUCUGAUCCCUUGUGAAUUGGAAUGGUCCAGGCCAUCUUGUAGAUAUUGCGAAUCCACUGGCAAACAUUGUAGAUUGAAGAAUGACAGUUCAAUCCUGCAUGGUACUGAAUGCUACAGCAGCAAAUCUGAAGGUUCAGUGCCAAAACUAAGAGUUGCAGGUGAAGUACUUGGUCCUUUUCUUGCUGUGUUCCUUGCUAUUGCAUCAUAUUGGAUUUAUAGCUCAAUCAAACUGAAAAAAGAGAUUGAAUUGAAAAUUGAGCAAUUCUUGGUGGAUUACAAGGCACUCAAACCAACGAGAUAUUCGUAUGCAGACAUAAAAAGAAUCACAGAUAACUUUAUCGAAAAACUUGGUGGAGGAGGAUAUGGAACAGUUUACAAAGGAAAUCAAGUUUAUUUUCCAGAAUGGAUUUACAACAAAUUGGAGCACGGAGAAGAAAUAGCUAUUCAAAUUGAGAAAGAGGGCGACAAUAAGAUCGUUAGAAAACUAACUAUUGUGGGACUUUGGUGCAUCCAAUGGUAUCCAGUCGAGCGACCCUCCAUGAAAGUUGUAAUUCAAAUGCUUGAAUCAAAAGAAACUCCCUCCAUGCCCCGUAACCCAUUCACUUCCACGAAUGGAAUGCAGAAUGCAGCAACUGAGCAUGGAAAACUAUUCAGCAGGGACCUUGAAAUAAUUUCAGAAUCGGAGUAA